AUGACUUUGAAGGAAAAGAUCGGCCAAAUGACACAGAUAGAACGUAGUGUAGCAUCAACCGAGGUCAUGAAGAAGUAUUACAUUGGGAGUGUAUUGAGUGGUGGAGGUAGUGUGCCUGCUAAACAGGCUUCUGCUGAGACUUGGGUUGACAUGGUGAAUGAUUUCCAAAAGGGUUCAUUAUCCAGCCGUCUAGGGAUACCAAUGAUUUAUGGUAUUGAUGCUGUUCAUGGUCACAACAAUGUGUACAAGGCAACGAUUUUUCCUCACAAUGUUGGUCUUGGAGCUACAAGGGACCCUGUACUGGCCAAAAAGAUUGGAGCUGCAACUGCCCUUGAAGUUAGAGCAACAGGCAUUCCUUAUGCUUUUGCACCUUGUAUUGCGGUAUGUAGAGAUCCAAGAUGGGGUCGGUGUUAUGAAAGCUACAGUGAAGAUCACAAGAUUGUUCGAGCAAUGACUGAGCUCAUACCAGGAUUGCAGGGAGAUGUCCCUUCUAAUUCUCGAAAGGGUGUUCCCUUUCUUGCUGGAAAGCAAAAGAUUGCAGCAUGUGCCAAGCACUAUGUAGGUGAUGGUGGAACAACUGAAGGCAUUAAUGAAAACAAUACUGUGACAAGCAUGCAUGGAUUGCUCAGCCUCCAUAUGCCAGCGUACUAUGACUCAAUUAUCAAGGGUGUGGCAACUGUCAUGAUCUCUUACUCGAGCUGGAAUGGGAUAAAAAUGCAUGCUAAUCACGGCCUUAUCACUGGCUAUCUUAAGAACACUCUACAUUUCAGAGGUUUUGUCAUUUCAGAUUGGCAGGGUAUUGACAGAAUAACUUCUCCACCUCAUGCUAACUACACACAAUCCAUUAUGGCUGGUGUUAGUGCUGGCCUUGACAUGAUCAUGGUACCAUACAACUACACACAAUUUAUUGAUGGCCUAACCUUUCUGGUGAAGAAUAAAUUCAUCCCUAUGACCCGAAUUGAUGAUGCAGUGAAAAGGAUUUUACGGGUAAAGUUUGUGAUGGGUCUGUUUGAGAACCCUCUGGCUGAUUAUAGCAUGGCCAAGUACCUAGGAAGUCAGGAGCAUAGAGAACUGGCAAGGGAAGCAGUGAGAAAAUCUCUUGUGCUGCUGAAGAAUGGCGAAUCUGCAGAUAAGCCGGUGCUACCCUUUCCCAAGAAGGCAUCAAAAAUACUCAUUGCUGGAAGUCACGCAGACAAUAUUGGCAAUCAGUGCGGUGGGUGGACAAUUGAGUGGCAGGGAAUUAGUGGCAACAUCACAGUUGGUAAAUAG